GGGGAAGGCUAGCUCAAGGAGGAAGGCGGGUGGGCUGCCGAUUAUUGGAAGGGCUCAUUAAUGAAAACCCCCGAUGGUGACCACUUGGUGGAAAGGCUCACCUUUCCCAUGUGUAGCUGAUAAGGGCCAGGAGAUUCCACAGUUCAGGUAGUUCCCCCACCUCCCUGGUGUUUUGUGGUCACCAUUAAUCAUUUCCUCUAACUGUGUAUAUAAGAGCUCUUUUGCCAGUGAGCCCAGUGUUCAGAGAGAAAGGCUAAAGUCCUCAGGAGGAUGUGGCUGCAGAACCUGCUUCUCCUGGGCACUGUGGUUUGCAGCAUCUCCACACCAAUCCGCCUACCCAGACCGGUCACCCGGCACUUCGUGCAUGUGGACACCAUUAAGGAGGCCCUGACCCUCCUUAACAAUAGUGACAUUACCGACGUGAUGAAUGAAACAGUAGAAGUCGUCUCUGAAAUGUUUGACCCCAAGGAGCCGACGUGCCUGCAGACCCGCCUGGAGCUGUACCAGCAGGGCCUUCGGGGCAACCUCACCAUACUCAAGGGCCCCUUGACCUUGAUGGCUGACCACUACGGGCAGCACUGCCCCCCUACCCCGGAAACUUCCUGUGCAACCCAGAUAACCACGUUCAAAAAUUUCAAAGAGAACCUGAAUAAUUUUCUAGUUAUCAUCCCCUUUGACUGCUGGAGUCCAGCCCAGGAGUGAGGCAGGCCUGUCCAGGAGCCAGCCCUGAGAACUUACCUCAUAGACCGCCGCCCUCCCACCCACCAAGCGCCCAACCUCAGGAUCUUCACCUCAGAGGGACCAAGGGGAGGGCCAGGCCCUGGCGGCCGCGGACUUGCUCUGAGCCAUGGUGUGGUAGAGGAGUAGGGACUUUUACACUGUC